GGAAGAGGUGUACUCCGUGCAUGGUGUACCUGUAACAACUACUAUCAGACCACUCAGAUUUACCAGAACAUUGUUGCAACUGACACAAUACUACUGUUGCGCACCUCCAAACUUGUGGUUGUGCCUUGAUCACAACCAGGAGGCUGGGAUCAUACACCUUAAGGGACCGACAUCAACCUGAUCUCUUCCACACAAUGACCACCUUAAGACAAAGCCACUUUGGGGAAAGUUUACAGUUUAUCAACCAGCAUCGUUCCCGGCAUACUUCAUCCUGCACCGUUCUCGUCACAGGCGCAACAGCCGGUAUAGGAAAGGCGGUGGCUGAAUAUCUUCUCGCUUCAAGCGCACAGCAUUUGCUCGUCUUGACUGGGCGCAAUGAAGAUGUGCUUCACGAAUUUCGGUCUCGCUAUCCGGACCGUGUGAUCACAGAGGCAGGAGACAUGUCAGACCUGCAAUUCGUCAGAUCUAUCGCACAAAGUAUCCAGCUGGAAGGACGUCUUGACGGGUUGGUGCUUAAUCACGGCACGAUGGGUUCGUGUUUCAGGAUCGGCCAAAUGGAAGUCGAAGAUUGGGAAGAGACCUUCAGAGUCAAUGUCACGAGCUGUGUCGCAUUGAUCCAGUCCGCGCUUCCCCUUCUAAGAGCAUCACAAGGUCGGAUAGUCUUCACCUCUUCGGGAGCCGCAACCAACGGGUAUUCGGCAUGGGGUGCCUACGGCGCGAGUAAAGCUGCCAUAAAUCAUCUUACACUCACACUGAAGAACGAAGAGCCUGAGGUAACGACAGUUUCGAUUCGACCAGGUGUUGUCGAUACAGCCAUGCAAGGUGAUAUCAGAGAGAAGUUCCUCAAAAACAUGGACGAGAAGGACCAAGUCAAGUUUUCGACUGCAAAGAAAGACGGAAAGUUAUUGCCGCCGAAUAAACCAGGUGAGGUCAUUGCAGAACUUGCAAUCAAUGCGGAUGAAGGAUUGAGCGGAAUGUUUUUAAGCUGGGAUGACCCAAAACUAGCGCAAUACCGAUCAGGCUGAGGUCGUCUGCGAAUUGGGACGGUAUCAUGGCGAGAGUAAACUACACGGAAGCCAUUGACUCUGCUCACCCCUUCGAGCAGCUUCGGAGCAAGCUGUGUGACCAACGGAGAAGUUCAAGGUCUCCUUCCUUGGAUACAAAGACACGACGACUGUUGAUACUCCGGUUCACCACCGAGACUUCAACCUACAUUAGUAGUCAUUUAUACUUUCUCCAGUGUUUUCGGUAUCUUCCACAAACUCCGAACACCGAACGAAAACGGGCGGGGUCGGCCUGGAUGUCCUUUGCCGUGUCCAUGCCACGCUGCAAUUAGACUCAUUCUUCAUAAACUUCUAACAACAAGCACGU